AUGGAGAAUCAUACAACGCAGAUAGAGUUUAUCCUUCUGGGACUGACAGAUAAUUCUCAGUUACAGAUUGUAAUUUUUUUCUUUCUAUUUCUGAAUUAUAUGCUGAGCAUGAUAGGAAACUUAACCAUCAUUGCCCUCUGUCUACUGGAUUCCCAUCUCAUGACCCCAAUGUAUUUCUUCCUCCGAAAUUUCUCUUUUCUGGAAAUUUUCUUCACAAGUGCUUGCAUCCCCAGAUUCCUUAUCACCAUUGUAACCAGAAGAAAGACCAUCUCCUAUAAUGGUUGCAUAUCUCAGUUAUUUUUUUACAUAUUCUUGGGCGCUACAGAAUUUUUCCUUUUGGCGGCUAUGUCCUAUGACCGCUAUGUUGCCAUCUGCAAACCUUUGCAUUAUACAUCCAUCAUGAGCAGCAGAGUCUGUCAUCAGCUUAUACUCAGUUCUUGGGCAACUGGAUUCCUAGUCAUUUUCCUUUUAUUGAUUUUGAUUCUUAAUUUGGAUUUUUGUGCUUCAAAUAUAAUUGAUCAUUUCAUUUGUGACAUUUCUCCUGUACUGCAGCUUUCCUGCUCAGACACACACGUAGUGGAAUUGAUUACUUUUUUCUUAGCUGUGAUGACCCUUAUUGUCACGUUGUUUCUAGUAAUCCUUUCUUACUCUUACAUCAUCAAGACAAUUCUAAAAUUCCCUUCAGCUCACCAAAAGAAAAAAGCCUUUUCUACUUGUUCUUCUCACAUGAUUGUUAUAACUAUCACUUAUGGUAGUUGUAUAUUCAUCUACAUAAGGCCAUCAGCAAAUGAAAGAAUCACUUUAAGCAAAGGAGUAGCUGUGCUCAAUACUUCAAUAGCUCCUCUGUUGAACCCAUUCAUUUAUACUCUGAGGAACCAGCAAGUUAAACAAGCCUUCAGAGAUGUAUUUAGAAAGGCUCUUUCUGCUUUAGACAAGUAA